CUUGGCUCCAUCAACCUCCAUUCUCCAGUUUGUUGAAGCUCAUAUCGCCCUUCAUUCACUCUUCACCCUAUCAAUCUCUUAGGUCUUUUAAACUUAAGUUUCUCCUGAACACAAACCUAAUCGUGGCCAUUUCUGUCAUCUAGUCUUUACAAUCCUAAUAACGAUUCGAUAAAUAAGCCACCUGCGUCUCGAGUUGAGUGGACGACUGGCUUUCGGCCUUCGCCAUCAUCUAAGAUGCUGAUCCGGCUAUCAGCCCUUGCCGUUGCGGCCGCUUCCAUUGUGAACGGCCUUUCUCCGGCCGACAUACCCUCCGAUCUGCCACUUUCCAACCUCCUCGCCUCGGCGCAAAGCCAUCUCUCAAAAGGGGAGACCAGUGAUGCGCUCGUCUACUAUGAUGCUGCCAUUGCUCGCGACCCCUCCAACUACCUGACCUUCUUCAAGCGUGCUACCACCUACCUUUCGCUUGGCCGCACCUCGCAAGCGACCGAUGACUUCAACAAAGUGCUCGCGCUCAAACCUGGUUUCGAAGGUGCCCACAUCCAGCUGGGCAAGUUGAAGGCACGCAGCGCCGACUGGGACGCCGCGAGGGAGCACUACGAGAAGGCAAAGAAAGUGAACGAACUAGUUGCGCUGGAGGAUGCGGCUGUUGCUGCCGGCCGUGCCGAGAAGGCAGCAGCCAGCGGGGACUGGGAGGAAUGUGUUACGCAAGCCGGAGCCGCCAUCAUGGUUGCGAAUCGGGCUGUUGCGCUGCGCCAGUUACGUUCCAAGUGUUUAUUCGAGCGAGGUGACUUGGAGAUGGGCAUGAGCGACCUACAACACAUAUUGCAGAUGAAGCCUGGCGACACAACCCCGCAUCUCCAAAUCUCGGCCAUAUCCUUCUACGCCCUCGGCGAUCUCCCAGGGGGGCUGGCAGCAAUCAGGAAAUGUCUACAUUCGGAUCCAGACAGCAAGGUAUGCGCAGCAUUGCUGAAGGAAGAGAAGAUGACGGACAAGCUGGUCCAGAAAGCGAUCAAGGCGUUGGACAAGAAACAACCAAUGACGGCCGUAAAGAACCUGGUCCCGAAUCGAGAAGGGGAAGGCCUCAUUCAGGAGGUCAAGAGCCAAGUUGAAAAGCUUCGGGCGGACGGGACGAUUCCAAAGUCCGCGGGUAAUGCGUUGGUAGGACAACUAGUAGAACUAGCGUGUCAGGCAUACUUUGAAUCAAACAGCAAAAAAGCCUCCACCUACUGCGUCGAGUCGCUAGCUAUCAAUCCCACUGCCCUCUAUGCCCUCCUGUACCAAUCGCAAGUUCAGAUCGCGGCAGAAGAGUACGACGCCGCCAUCGCUACCCUUCAAAAGGCCCUAGAGGAACACCCUGCCAAAUCAGACGUCAUUAACCCCCUCAUUCAGAAGGCGCAGAUUGCACUCAAACGCUCCAAGACGAAGGACUACUAUAAGGUAUUGGGCGUCUCCCACGAUGCGGAUGAGAGACAGAUCAAGUCUGCCUACCGCAAGCUUUCCAAGAUUCACCACCCAGACAAGGCAGCCAAGCAAGGUCUGACCAAGGAGGCGGCCGAGAAGAAGAUGGCUCAGAUCAACGAGGCGUACGAGGUACUGAGCGACCCCGAGUUACGGGCACGGUUCGACAGAGGCGACGACCCGAAUUCGCACGAGGGACAACAGGGAGGACAGCCCUUCGGCGGGCAUGGUGGUAACCCGUACAUGUUUCAGCAGGGCGGACCGGGAGGCGGAUUCCGAUUUCAGUACGGGAGUGGCGGGUUUCCCGGAGGGUUUCCGUUUGGUGGCUAAACAUCGCGGGACAGCUCAUCGGGUACAUGGGUGGAUACCAAAAGCAUGUGGAAUGCCAUGUUGUUCUUGAUUAUGGUGUCAGGCGCGCGACGCAUUUGAAACUUCAAGGUUGGGAGCUUUGAUUCAGGAGUUUGUGAGUUAAGUUGGAGCUUCUAUUCGUAGGCAUCGCCGGACGAAUGAACGGGCAGAGAACACGCAGUGAUUAUUGUUCAUAACAUCGAGUAUUAACUGACCGGCUUUUCGGUACUUUGCGACAUCACAAUGUCUGAAUUUUCCUCAUUUUCUUGCAGGUGGUUAUUAGGAUGCAGAUGGAAGACGAUACAGCUGGCCAAUUAAUUCCCACAAGAAAAAUCUUGGC